AUGUACAGCUAUGCACCUGCUAACAUUGGUAGCCUGCCUGCGUUGCUGUCGACUAUCCUAGAGGGUGUGCGCGACUCCUCAGACAGCACAUCGCAGAAGAUGGCCAUUACUUUCUUCCACACACUCAGCACUCACUGGCUUGGCCUGGCACCCUCGGACCCCAUCAGCGUAAAGCUUGCAGAGGCCGGCGUGGACUUUCGGCAGUUUGUGCUGGAUACGGUAUUGCCGUCUAUCUUUGCGGCCAUCCUAUCACCCGAUUUCGACUUCAACGACGCCCAAGCAAGCCUGCUGCUGACCAAUACUGUGUCUGCGUUCUUGAGAGAUCUGGAAAAGCGGUUAGGACCGGAUUUCCACGUGUACCUGGGGCAGGCCGUGCUACCGUCCCUCAACGUCACACCACAACUGGCCAUGGGCCUCGCGCUGGAGCUAGAGAAGAAAGGCAGCGCCAACCAGUUCAGGAAAAACCUGCGAUCGUUCCUUAAAGAAGCUCGAGGAAUGAG